GGGGGAUAGUGAAGACACGCACAGUUCUGCAAGGAAGAGCAAUUUUUGACACUUCUGUCUGCGUCUGUCAAAGGGGGCGACAGCUGGAAAUACACCGCGCAGCAGAAGAAGAAGCGACUAGUCAGGAGUUUUUACGUUUUCUGUAAACUAAUUGAAACGAGAAAGUGUCAGAGUCAGAAAGUGCGCAGUUACAGUUAUAGCUGUAGAGACGGAGCCACUGGGGGGCCACGCAGGCGGCUGUGGGCAGACAAACACCGCCGGAGCGCGCGGCGUCGGGAGUGCGCGGGGUGGCGUCAAAUUGUCUACCGUGUGGCUGUUUCUGUUACGACCGGACUCCCUGCCGAUGUGACCGCUGUCAGACGUGCUUCGAGUGCUUGUCGCCGCUAAAUGCACAUUUCCCUUUUCAGAGUACCACAAUGGAAGAGGAAGAAUUAUUAAAAGAGCGGCUCCAUGCAAUAACAGAUAAAAGGAGAAUCCAAGAGGAAAUUGUCAGAAAAAGAGCAGAAAUUGAGGAAGAGAAAUUUAAGCUUCAGUACCUAAAGAAAAAGAUCUUAAGAGAAAAAUGGCUAAUGGAUGGCUUAAGCAUCCAGAAUACUCAGGAGCAAGAGACCAUUAGAAAACAAACUCAUGAGGAACAAAAUCAAGCUGAGCUCUUACAAACAAAUAUUCUCAGGAUGGAACAAGAAAUUAAAAACCUAGAAAAUCAAGAAAUACAAAUAUCCACUAAUGAGGAAUUAAUUUUGAAAAAGUUAAAAGAAGUAGAGAAAUCUGCUAAGGAUAUCAUAAAGAAUGCAAAUGAUGAUGUGAAACAAGAUAUUAUAGUUUCACAACCAACUGAAUAUGUUUAUUCUGAGAUCCCAGAUCUGCCAAAAUCCUACCGUCCUUCAGCCUUGAAGAAAUUGCCAAAAGUAGCAAUGGAAAAUAAUGAACAAGCCAAAAGAGCUUUAUUUGCAAUGGAAAUCAAUGUUGAAAAAGACAUGAAAACAGGAGAAAGCCAAGUUCUGUCAGCAUCAACUGUUAAAGCAGAUGCAUUUCAAGAGAAAGGAAUUAAAGUGUACGAUGAUGGAAGAAAAUCAGUUUAUGCUAUUUCCUGUGAUGGAGAAAUUACUGAUAAUGGAGUGCAAGAACUGACACCAGCAGAGGUAGAGGAGCUUUUAAGGGCAGCUACUGAAAAAAAAUCACAAUUUGCCUUAGAAUACCAUGAACCAGUGUUUUCAAGCUCAUAUAAUAGAUCUUCCAAUCCCAAAAAGCAGAACAAGGAGCAUGUCAGGUCUGAGUCAAACAGUCCACUUGCAUCCUAUGGAAUAGUAGAAAAGAACAUGUAUACACCUGUUAAAUCAGAACUGCACUGUAAUGAUAGCAUUCAUUUGCAAGAUGAUUUUGAGCAUUCUUACAGUAUUCCAUAUGGGCAGGCUUUAAAUCAUUAUUCAACACAUGAACAUGAAGAACACGAGUCUCAGGUGAUUCACAACAAUGAAAAUAUUCUUAUAAAUGAUGACAAACCCUGUGUUGAGGACAGUCUUGAACCAACAUUGUUUUCUUACCAUGGGCAAAGAGAAAACCACCAUGCUGCUCUGUUUGUCAAUUCACAUUAUAAUAAUGGACAGUCAUCCUUAGUCAAUAAAGGUACAGAAUGCAACAUUCUCCAUACUUCUUCCACCUUUGAUUGUGAAGAACCUGUCACAAUGAUAUUCAUGGGCUACCAGAAUGUAAAUGAUGAAACAGACCUUAAUAAGGAGGUGGGAUUUGAGGGAGCAAUUCGAGCUGAACUUGUUGUUAUUGGGGAUGACUAUGAUGACAUUGAAGGUGAAGUGCAACUUUCUUAUCAUCCUGAAGGCCAGCUCAGCAAAAUAUACAAGCCUGGCAUAAACCCAAAAAGUAAUCACCAUCAAACAACUUCAGAAAUAAAUUGGAACAUGAACAACCAAUCACAUCAGAAAAAUGUAAUUCCAGUGAAUGAGCAAAAAUUACCUCUCUGUCAUGGACCCCACCACAGUUUGAGUGGACAGAUGGCCAAGGAUAGCACAGAUGACCCAUCAAUGACAGAAUUGGAAAUGAAAAUGCUGAAACUUUGCAAAUAAAGGUGAUUCCUUCCUUGGAUUCCUUGAAGAUUCCCAUGAAGAUAAAGAAAUGCAAAAUUUUAAUUAAUUAAGCAAAUCCUGGCAUAAUCACACUAAACUUCAGAGAAUAUUGCAAAUGAUGGUUAUUGAAAGUGGCACAGUUGAUAGAUAUUGUAUCAUCUAUUUAACUUAGUCUGUUUAUUUUUCUUAAUAAUUAAAAUGGUUAGGUAAUUUCUUAAUUGCCUGUAGCUAUAAAAUUUAAUUAUAUUGUUAUGUUUUGUAGUCACAGUAUGCAGCAGCUUUUGGUCAAAUGUAUAAAUUUCAGGCCACUUCUAACACUGUGAUUUAUUCUUACAUAUUUUCAAUGUAUUAGACAUUUAGGUAAAAACAGCUUACAUACUAAUGCAAUAUAUUGUAAAAUCAUAAGCUUAGAUUAAAUUGCCUGUUUUUAAGGUUUAUUUUACUGUGUCAGAUAUUCAAUAUCAUAAAUAAAUUUAGUCAAGGCUGAUAAAAAGAAAGCACAAGGUCAGCGUGUUAGAAAAUAUUCAAAUGGUAAUAUUUUUCUACACAUUGAAUUUCAAAAUAAUCAUAUAAACUAAAUCACCUUUUGUAGAAUGAGUGCUGGCAAUUCAAGCAAAUUAUCAUAUUGAUUUAAGGAUGUUUCUGAAAGCAAAAAAAUAAUUAUGCCAAGUAUUAGUGUUUUUGUGCUAACAGGAAGAAAGUUGUAGCAUCCAGAAUGACAAAUAGACAAUAUUCCAUUUUUGUUAAAAUGCUGUAUUUAUUUUAGUAUGUACUUGUCAAAUUGUAAUGUGUGCACAUAGUAAAGUAUUGCUUGCUUCUAUUGAA